GGUGGCAGCAAAGGAGCCAAAGGAAGUCAUCAGUGUCCAAUUUGUCAACAGUAUGGACAUCGUUGGUGGAAGUGUAAGGAUGGUGACCCAAACGACAUAGCUGCAAUGCUUGCUGAAAGAGGUCCACCUAAAAAGAAGAAAAAGAAGGUGCCACCAGCCAGUACCGAGACUAGUAUUGUGCUUGCAGCACCUGCACAAAAGAUGGUCUUUCCUGUCGUACCGAGUGUUGCAGAUCUAUCAAAGAAAAGGAAGAACAAAUCAUCCUCAACAACUGGUGCGAAGAAAAAAAAGAGAACUUCAGCUGCUGAGGCUAGUGACCCCUCUGUGAGGGGGUCUGCACAAGAUUCAAAUCAGCUAGAUCUUUUGGCGAUUACAUAUCCUUCUGGGCCAAGUGAGCAGCACAUGGAUGACAAGAGAACAAGUCAGCAGCAACACAAGAAGAAAAGGGCCAUUAAAAAAAAUUAACUCCAAACAAGUCUAGUCCAGCCAUGGCAACCCACAGCAAG